GUUGGCUGAGAUGACGGGGCGCCCCAUGAGAGUCGUGGGCUGGUAUCACUCUCACCCUCACAUCACCGUCUGGCCCUCGCACGUCGAUGUCCGCACACAAGCUAUGUAUCAGAUGAUGGACCAAGGUUUCGUAGGGCUUAUCUUUUCCUGCUUCAUCGAGGACAAAAACACAAAGACAGGCAGGAUUCUCUACACCUGUUUCCAGUCCAUCCAGGCCCAGAAGAGCUCAGAAUAUGAAAGGAUUGAAAUCCCUAUUCACGUUGUCCCCCAUGAAACCAUUGGAAAAGUGUGUCUGGAAUCAGCUGUGGAGCUGCCCAAGAUCCUUUGCCAAGAAGAGCAAGAUGCCUACAGGAGAAUUCACAGUCUCACCCAUCUAGACUCCGUAACCAAGAUUCAUAAUGGCUCAGUGUUCACAAAGAACCUCUGCAGCCAGAUGUCUGCCAUCAGCGGGCCGCUCCUUCAGUGGCUGGAGGACAGACUAGAGCAGAACAAACAGCGGGUGCAGGAGCUGCAGCAGGAGAAAGAGCAGCUCCUGGAGGAACUAGCUGCUUUAGAGUGAAGGAGAAAAUGUGGACCCUUCAGAAAAAAAAAAAGAGACAUGGAAAAAGCUCUCCAAGACCUACUCCUGGCUGAAGGGUGGCCCUGCGUUGCCUUACGGUGAAGAUACUAGCCGUGCCUCUUCUCUUGCCCCAAGCAGCAAAGAGCAUUCCUACAGGACAAGGGCUUCCUCUGCCCCAGCAUGGUGGAAAGCAGCGGUAUCUUCCCAGGUGCCGCGUGAUGCAGCGCAGUUCCAGCUC